AUAUUUUGAAUUCUGUGGUCAAAGAAAUGACGAUAGUUGAUUUCAUACCAAUUGCAGCGUUCUAAACAUAUUUUUUCAGUGUGUAUACAAAUAUUACGUGUGAUUCUUAUACAGAUAUGAUUUUUUAAAUUAGUUUUUCAUUCUAACUGUGACUUGUGCACUGGCCUCAUUGUUUCGAAAUGUCCGUCGCUGAAUUUUUAAAGGGUUUGCCCUCACAUAAUGAAAACAAUUUUGCCAAUUUUCAUACGGACAAUGGAAAUAGAACUUGUGUAAAAAAACCCUCUGUUUAUUUACCUACUAGAGAUCAUCCCUCUGAACAAGUUAUAGUUACUGAAAAAACAACCAUAUUAUUAAGGUACCUUCAUCAACAAUGGGACAAAAAGAACACUGAUAGGAAACGAGAUUUCUUAUCUGCUAAUGGUGACUCUGAAGAUGAUUCUGGAACAGUUCGUAGUAAAAGGUCACGUCUCGAGGCAAACAAUAUCCUUUAAAAUAUAUUGCAAUGUUUUGGUUUCCAGUAUUAAAUGAAUUUUUAUGUGAUCAAGACAAAUUGUAUAAACAACAACACAGGACAACUAUGAUUCUAAACUAUUAUAAACAUAUCUGUGCAUUAGAAAAAUUAUUUCAAAACGUUUAUUGUAGAGUUUAAGUAUACAAUUUGUAUUGUAUGAAUCAAAUCUGUAUGAAACAUUGAUCACAAAGUAUAUACAAAGAACGUUUUCAAAUAAUAUUUCUUUAGAUAUGUAAAAUUGCUAAAAUGGAAAUAAGACUAAUCAUUACGUUACAUUUAUGAGCUCCUUUCUAUACUGUACUGCAUGUUUAAACUUGAUUUUAUGUGUCAGUACAUAGCAUAUGAAAUGGUAUAUUAUCUUAGGAUGCACAAUAUGUAUAAGUAAACACGUUCAUUAUUAAUUCAUUUUAUGUCAUCUUUUUACUUCUGUAAUGUUAGUAAUUGAGAAACAUCUAAAAUAUAAUUAUAGUAAUGUAUUUGCAUUACUAUGGAGGAAGUAAGUAUUAAUACUAAAUUAGUUUAAAAUAAUGGCGUGUUAGAGCAUUUAUCCAGAAGUAAUUUUGUAAAAGUGUUCUACAUUUUACGAAAUUUCUUCGUAUCUGUGUUACAUAUGAUUUAGUCAUAAGUUUUUAAUAAUGUAUGUUUCACAUACAUUAUUUAUAUGUAACAUAUGAUCUGUUAAUUGAAAAUUUCAGUUUAAUGGCUGAUCUAUACUUUUUUUACUAUUUUAAAGUACAUACUGUGGUCUCAAAUGCUUGUGAAAAAGUUAUAUUUCUGAAACAAUAGAAUGUUUCAAGUGUAUAUUAAUUUUGUGCAAACAACUGUUACAUCUUACUAAGAAAAUUAUUUCGUAUUUUUGAUAACAACUCCCUUAUACUUAGAUAAAAAGGCUUGCUAAAUCAUAACUCAUUAAACAGAGAAAGAGAUAGACAACUUUAAUUUUGGAAGUGAUUAUGUAUUAUAAUACACAUUGCAAUAAAUCCUGUAUAAAGU